AUGUACGGCUACGGCUACAACCCCUACACCUCCGGGCCGUCCUACUACUCCAACCCGUACAUAAACCCCUACGAAGCGGCGCUCGCACAAGAACGCGCGCGUAGAGCUCAGGAACAGCGCGAGACGUACGCUCGGGCGCUGGCCCAGCAGGAACGUGAGCGGCGCGCGCGUGCUGCCGCCGCCAGGAGAAACCCGUACGGGUUCGGACUUGGAGGGUUCUACGAUCCUGAGGAAGACGAGGAGUACGACUAUGGAUAUGGAUAUGCUGAGCCGGCGCUCAAGCGCCAGCGUGAACUUGACGACGCGGCGCGGUUGAAGGCGCUGUAUAAUCGGGCUGCUAGAGGCGACGAGAUGGACGUCGACUCUACGCCCGCAUCUGCACCUAAGGCCGCACCGAGGAGAAAGUCGCCCUCGCCUGCGCGCGGGACGAGCAUUCCCAUCCGCGUGCACACCUCCGCGCCCAAGGCCUCUCCCACACCCGCACCCGCACCCGCACGACGCCACCCCUCCCCUCAACCACAUCAACCAACACCCGCACCCGCACCCGUCCCCCAAAUCGAACCAACCCAAGCAGCCCACACCGCCGCGUCCCUCAUCCAACGCACAUAUCGGCGCCACGCCGCGCUGCGCCAGCUCCAGUCUUUACGGUCUAAGUUCGAGGAGCUGACGGGGAAGUUUGAUGCGCCGGGGGUGUUGGAGUAUACGGUGAAGGACGCGAGGGGGAGCGAGGAUGGGCUGGAGGAGGUUGCGGAGGUUGGGGUUGGGGAGUUGAAGUUUAAGGGGUGGGUGAGGCCGCAGACGCCUGUUGUGGAUGAGGGCAAGGAGGAGGAUGCGGAGAUGAAGGAGGGAGGCGCAGAGUCGCAGCCCGUUGACUCGACGUCCGAGCCGCAACCUCAGCUCGACACUUCAACCGUCCCGCCACUCGCCUACACCCCUUCAACGCGCCUGAUCCUCGCGCAGAACGAGGCCCUCCUCCGUCUUCUGAACGCAUUGGACGCUGUGCCGUCAUGGGGCGACUCAACCGUCCGCGAGGCGAGGAAACAUCUGGCGAAGGAUGUUGAGGGCGAGGCGGCAAAAUUGGAGGCUUGGUGGAGGGCUGUUUGGAGGGAGAAGGGAGGGAGUGCGAAGGUCAAGAGGGUCAGGGCUUGA